AUGCUUUGGAACGUCUUUUCUCGUUUGCGAUCAAGUCGUUCACCUCUCCUUCCAAUAAUUAUGUUAGCUACAUUAAUAUUAUAUACACUUUUGGGUGCUCUUGCAUUUUGUGCUUUAGAAUCAGCAAAUGAACUUGAAAAAAUAGCAAAAUGGUCGGCAAGUCACAGACAAAGGGAAUUACAUGCAAGAGAACGAUUACUUGCUGAUUUACAAUAUUUCUUUGUUCGCGAAGUCAAUGUCACUCGGUUACUUAGUCCAGAAUUCCAACACAGUUUGGAUUUGUAUGACAAAGUAAUGGAGUUUGAUAGUAAGGGAAUAGAACAUGGAUUAUCAAAUAAAGAUGCUCAUGGAAAACGAUUUAAGCCAAAAUGGAAUAUUUGGGGAGGUCUUUAUUUUGCUGGAACUAUUUUUACGACAAUUGGUUAUGGGGACAUUGUGGCUGAAACAAUCGGUGGAAAAUGUUUAGUUGUGAUAUAUGCGUUGAUUGGAAUACCUCUUAUCAUUUCUUUUCUUAAUGUUUGGGGAAACGUUCUUCUCCGCGUUGUUCAAUCAUUUUGGUAUGAUCAUUUGCUUCACAAUUUGAAGAAACUGCCUGUUUUAGGAGAAAGGAGGGGAAUAGUCCCUAUGGAAUCUGAAGUUAAGUUUUUGGAUGAAGAAAAUCAACUAGAAAAUUAUGAAAAUUUAGAAAAUAAUGAACAAACAAGCAAUACAGAAAAUAAUGAAAAUUUUGAUAUUCAAAGACAAAGUGCUUUGGUUGUUAAUAAUAAUAUGGAACAGAAAAAUGAGAUUAGAGAGUUGCCGCUAAAAGUUGCAUUAUUAUUAUUAAUCGGUUGGAUAUUACUUUGUGCAACACUUUUCACAAUUUUCCAAAAAUGGACAUUCCUAGAUGCUGCCUAUUUCUUCUUUGUUUCAUUAACAACAAUUGGCAAGAAAUUAAAAAUUAAAUCAAAUUAA